AUGAUUCACCUUGCUUCACCUUUGGUCACUUCUCCUCCAGCGACGUCAGGCCUUCCUCAUUACAAAUCGACCAACGAUAAGCUAAUACUUAUAACUGAAUGGUUUCACUCUCAAUUGGGUGUGCGACUCCUCCAUCGCACUGAUGACUACGAAUGUGACUCUUCCACUACACCUGUGAUUGCGUUCCCGUCUCACCUCCCUGACCGCUACCUUAAUAGGUUUAUCUAUUCAAUUAGAUUUUUCUUUUCAGUUAGAAAUCGAUUUCGUCCCUCCCCAGCUCUUCAUCUCUUCACUAAAAUCUCUCUUCAUCUAUCCACUAAAAUCUUCACGUCAAAACCAUUGUGGUGGUUGUGGCGAAAUCAAAAUGCGGGAUUGAACCAUUGUAGCAGAGCGAUCUUGAAACUUUUGAUUAAUACUUCUCAAGUCGUCUCCAAGGGCUUCUGUUUGAAUCAUUUCAUUGAACGACAGGUGAAUCAGACCAUCUUCUCAAUUUAUUUGACAUUGAAGAACAGUGCGUUGAAUUUCUUUGUCGUGUCCAAUUUAUCUCGACCAGAUCUCAAGCAGGAGCUUCUUGCAUUAGGUGAGCAGAUUGGGAAUGCUGGAUCAGGGUUAUCAGAGGAUUUUAUUUCAGGUGGUUUGCUUUUCAACAUGAUGAUACGUGUAGCCGCAGAAAAUCAACAAGCAUGUGGGAAUAAAAGCUUGUACAAUGACAGGGUUGAGUCUUUUGCAGCAGCAGCUGGAGAGGGUCAAGACAGGAAGCCACCCUCACCAGAUCCAGAGGGUGCAGCAGAGGGACACAAUAGAAAAACUGGUGGUGGUGGUGGGAAAAAGAAAGGCAAAAAGGAGAGGAAAAUCGACCCAGCUCUGCUUGGGUUUAAGAGUAACUGCAUCUGUAUGUACCAUAGGGUUUUUUCUAGUUCUACUCUUUUUACAGGUGUUAAAAGGGGUGGAAAACUGAAAGAUGUUGCAGUUGAUGCUCAUAUACGUUCCUACUGUUGGUCUGGUGAUCUCAUUAGAUCUGCCUUUUCCUCUGGUGAUUCAAGAUUUCCUUAUGUGCAUUCAAAUGAGUUAGUCUUUGAGGCCUUGCGUGUAGCUGUGUUUGCUGAUGGAGCAGUUGCAGAAGGCUAG